UGACUAUAGCAUAGCAUAGCUUAGCAUAGCUUAGCUUAGCUAUUACAGGGGUUUGUCUCAAAACUGUAUUUAAAUGUGAUUUUUAUAAAUCGGUCGAGUUGUUUAUUCAGUACACGAAUUAUUAGUGACAAAUUUUUUUUAUAUACGUUUUACUUUGUUUAUUGUAUCAGUGAUGCUGACGUAGCUUGUCAUGCUAACUAGUACAACAAGCCAGCUAGUCGCAUAGCUUACUGCGUUGCUAUGGUACCAAAAGAGCUAAAAUAAUGUCGACCAUCUCGUAUAAAUAAUAAGAAGCUGUAGGAAUUCAGAAGUUAUCUUGUUUUUCUCUUCUCUUUUCUAACUGUAUUGUUCUGUCGAGUGAAGCUGGAGGCGAGAGUCGGGCACCGUGUGUGCAGAACCCAGUCCUUAUUUUUAGGAAAUCCCAUCAUCCUGCGUCUCCGUCCUUGUGGCGCGGAGUGAUGACAUCACAGCGGCAAAGACAUGCCACCCGUGCUCUUCCCGCUCCACAGAGCUCCUCCUCGAGAAGCUCGAGCUCACGCUCACGCUCAGGACCCUCGACUUCACACGUGCAAGGUGCAUCCCAAUCCACGUCGUCUUCCUCUAGCUCCCAACACACGUGGCCGGAGGAGGCAGUGUAUGAUGCGUACGGUCUGUACUCGCUGCACCGCAUGUUCGACAUUGUCGGCACUCACCUCACACACCGCGACGUUCGCGUUCUCUCCUUCCUAUCCGUGGAUGUCAUUGACGAGUACGAACGCGGUGGAAUACAGGACGGGCGAGAAUUCUUGCUGGCACUGGAGAGACAGGGACGCUGUGAUGAGACGAAUUUUCGGCACAUUCUCCAGCUGCUGCGCAUCAUUACCAGACAUGACCUUCUGCCUUACAUCACACUACGCAAAAGACAGACUGUGUGUCCAGACCCAGUGGAUCAGUACUUAGAGGAGACGUCUGUGCGCUACAUUGUUCCUCGGGGAAGCAGAACAGAGAGCCCACAGGCCACACCGCACAGUUGUGCAGGUCCACAUCCUGUGAUUCAUUGCCCUUCUCCUGCGGUGUGUCAGCCCUGCCCUAAACCGACCACGCCCACCACAAACAGAAAGAGGAAGAGAGCUCACAGUGUGGCGGACUGCCGGGAGAAACAGACCUGCGAUAUCCGUCUGCGUGUGAGAGCGGAGUACUGCCAGCACGACUCGGCCCUCCAAGGCAACGUCUUCUCCAACAAGCAGGAGGCGCUGGAGCGCCAGUUUGAACGCUUCAACCAGGCCAACACCAUCCUGAAAUCGCGUGACCUCGGAUCCAUCAUCUGCGACAUUAAAUUCUCAGAGCUCACUUACCUGGACGCGUUCUGGCGUGACUACAUCAACGGCUCGCUGCUGGAAGCCCUGAAGGGCGUCUUCAUCACAGACUCGCUAAAGCAGCCGCGCUCACACCGCCGCUGGGUCCUAAUGAACUCCAUAUCAGGAGAGGGGGUGUGUUUUCUUCUGGAUCACGUCGACGUCGGCGCGACUUCGCUUUCUGAUUUAGCCACGUUGAUGUGUCAAUAG